CAGUUGUGAGUUUAUACUUGAGUACUUCAUACGUUUUAUAAGUUUUAAUAUUUAGCAUUUCGUCUUGAAGACUAAAGCUUCCAGCUACCUGUUGAAUGAAAAUAUUAUAAUACUAUAUUUAUUUUUUAAAUUCAUUGAAUAGCAGCCAAAUAAUAAAACUAAUCACAUAACUUUCUAAAGACUGAUUUCUACCAUAUUAUUGUUAUGCCGCCAAAAAAAAACGCCAACACCAAGGGUCCCAAGAGCACUUCAAAAGCAGACGAUGAGGGCAAAGGAAAGGAGAAAAAAGGAGGUUCAGCUGUUAAAGUGAGACACAUUCUGUGUGAAAAACAGUCUAAAGUGUUGGAAGCUAUGGAAAAACUCAAGGCAGGUGUAAAAUUUAAUGAAGUUGCUACACUAUACAGUGAAGACAAAGCUAGGCAAGGUGGUGAUUUGGGCUGGAUGAUUCGUGGCUCAAUGGUUGGUCCAUUUCAAGAUGCUGCAUUUGCUUUAUCUGUAUCGAGUCUUGCCAGUCCUGUUUAUACCGACCCACCCGUUAAAACUAAAUUUGGUUACCACAUUAUUAUGAUCGAAGGGAAAAAAUGAUAAUUUUUGUUAUUUGUUGCAUUAUGUUCAUUAUCAAAUAGUACUUGUGUUAACUUGCACUACUAAUUGAGGAAAAACUGUAUAAAAUAUGUAUUUACAUGCGUAAGUAUAAAAUGUGUCACUGUGUAAGUGCAAUAAACUAAUUUUUAUCUACAAUA